UCAUUUACACGUUAGUAACUGCCGAAAACCAGAGGUGACGAUUGGUGAUUAAAACAGGGCGUGCAUCAUUAUUUUAUUUAUAAACUGGUCACUGUGGUGUGCUGGCGUGAACAAUAUUCACUCUCCAGCGUCUGCGAUAAAGCAAACGUGUAUAAUUUCAUCCAGUAGCUCAUCAGCCACACAGUUCGUUAAUCUUGCAUCCACAAAACUGCUGGUCAAGAUGUCGUCCCGCAAGACCGCCGGCCGCCGUGGCACCAACAAGAAGCGUGCCCAGCGAGCCACGUCCAAUGUGUUUGCCAUGUUCGACCAGGCACAGAUCGCCGAGUUCAAGGAGGCGUUCAACAUGAUUGACCAGAACCGAGACGGCUUUGUUGACAAGGACGACCUGCAUGAUAUGCUGGCUUCUUUGGGCAAGAACCCUACAGAAGACUACCUGGAGGGCAUGAUGAACGAGGCUCCAGGCCCUAUCAACUUCACCAUGUUCCUGACGCUGUUCGGGGAGCGCCUGCAAGGCACCGACCCCGAGGAUGUCAUCAAGAAUGCUUUUGGCUGCUUCGACGAGGACAACAACGGCGUGAUCAACGAGGAGCGGCUGCGCGAGCUGCUCACCACCAUGGGCGACCGCUUCACAGACGACGACGUGGACGAGAUGCUGCGCGAGGCGCCGAUCAGAGACGGGCUGUUCGACUACGUGGAGUUCACGAGGAUCCUGAAGCACGGCGCCAAGGACAAGGACGAGCAGUGAGGAGGUUGGUGGUGUGGAGUCGUGGAUAGGGGGGGGGGGGUGAAGGGAUAUAGAGGCGGGU